AUGGCUCACAAGCAAGCAUUCUAUUUGCACAAGUACUCUGAUCAACAUUAUGUGUACCAGUAUGUCAUGUUACCCAGAAAACUUUCAAAACAAGUACCCCAAACCCAUAUCAUGUCUGAAGAGGAAUGGAGGAGACUUGGUGUUCAACAAAGUCUAGGCUGGGUGCGUGAUUGCGUAAUUCACAAGCCAGAACGACACAUUCUUCUCUUCAGGUGA